GACAUUUCAAAAAUUCGUAAUCAAAGAAUUUGUAUUUCAUUCAAUGUCGUUUUUUUUAAUUUCGUACUGUUUAAAAUAGAAAAAUCUUAAAGGAAGCUAGGGAUUCCUUGAGCGUAUUCAUGAUAUUGAGAAUCAUACCAUUUGAUUUUUUUUAGCUUCGGUGUUUAAUGUAUAAGUGUGUACAUGGCUAAUAAAAACAUCACUAUGAAAAUAAAUGAGAAGAAUUUGGGUGCUUUCGCUUCUUCAGCAACCCCGGUGGACCGCGAGGGGUGGCUCGACAUGCGUGGUGAAGUUGGUAAGAGCUAUCAGCGUCGGUGGUUCACUCUCAAAGGGAAUUUGUUGUUUUAUUUUGAAAAAAAAGGUGACAAGGAACCUGUCGGAGUUGUUAUUCUGGAAGGUUGUACUAUUGAAUUAACAGAAGAGGAAGCAUACAGUUUUAAAAUAGUAUUUCAAUGUGAAGGAGGACGUACAUAUUAUUUAUGCACUAGUUCACAAGCAUCCAUGGAGUCAUGGAUGAAAGCAUUAGCGUGUGCAAGUUAUGACUAUAUGAAACUCAUGGUGGCUGAGUUACAGAGACAGUUGGAUGAAGCACAAGCUGAAGUCGUGGCUGAGGCCACAUCAGUAGUAACUGUGUCUCCACCAGAAGAUGAACCCAAAGCACCACCACGAGGGCAGAGAUAUAAUCCCUUCAAUCGAGGUCCUGAUUCAGAACCUAAGACCGUGCCAGGCAGUAGACAUCAUAAAGAAAGUGUUCGAGCCGAGGUACCGCGCAAGAUGGUUCCCUUUCGCGACAUCCACACUGCUUACGGCCGCAAGAUAUUAUCGGACCGAAGCCAAUGGCGAGCGAGGAUAGUUAAACAGAAGGAAGACUUCUCUGAUCACACCCUUAUCGAGUUAUAAGGACAGACAUGCUGGAAGCUACUGGCCAAGGUCAUAUGAUGUGUAACACGGACUCUAGAUUAAGUGUUUCCCAGAGUAUUGUAUGAAUUGUGAAUGAAAUUGGUGAUAAAGAAAAGCUGUGGUUAUUUUUGAAAAUUAGCACAGUUUUUCAUCACUUACGACCAAGUUUUUAGUGUUUUUUUCACUACCUAUUCGCUGGUAGCCUGAGAGGCUAUUACCAGCUACGUGCGGACGGGUAGGUGAGCUCACGGGCUCAACCUGAGAUAAUUUGCUAACACCAGCACAACAUGGUUAUGUGUCCAUAAAAAAUACUAUGUGAAUAAAAAAUUACAUGUGUGCAAUUCACACGUGGUAGAAGUGAAACCUUCCAAAAUUAAAAUACAAUUAUCCUAAACGUCUUAAUUAUAUGUAGAAUUUUGUCAUUAGUAAAUAAUUGUAAGGUAGCGCCCUCUGUGAAUUGAUAUUUUAAUUUCACGUAUAAUCCUAAAUUAAAAUUCACUACAAGAGCUUUCAUACACACGUUAGUAUUAAAAAAUCUCACAGAUGGCGCUGUAUUAAAUAGUAUGUAUAUUUCUGUCUCAUUCUUUGCUGGCUUCAUCCUACACAUUUUUGUAUUUGUGUCUCUUACCUGUCGUUUUUUCCGUUGCAUCCGGUUUGAAAUCCCAAUGAUUCUAAAGAAGUUUUCACUUCAAAAACUAUGAAAGCAUAGAAAAGGUAUUCUUUAUGUGUUGAAGUAUUUGAAAACUUGAAUAUAAACAUUGAAAGUUAAUAAUUGUUUGAUUGUUACCACUAAACGCUUUUCAUUGUUGUUUUAGUUGCUUAAUAAAAACAAUGUCAUAACGUAUGAUAAUAAGAGAAUAAAUUAAUUAAUUAGAAAUGACUUCAUCGCUUUGAAUACUAAGUAUUGUUAGUUCAUUGUUUUGAUUUAAGGUAGUCAGUUAAGAGGCUAAUAAACUAUUAGAGAGGAAUGAGUGAAUAUUCUCUGAGUGUACUCACUAAAACUUGUUCACAAUAUAAGGAAAUUUAUUGAAGUGAAACCACAUUUUAUGGAACACUAAACAUGUUACCAGAAAAAAUUCUUUAUAGUUACUGAAAACUGAACUGAAAUAUGUUAAACUCAAUUAUCAUAAAAGUGAAUAAUUUAGACUUCUCAUUAUGUAAAUGUAAAUUCUGACGUAAAGGAAUCAAAAAAAUAAAUUCUUGAAAACCAGUACAUAACCGAUUCUUAUUAAUAAUUGUUAUUGAGUAUUGUAAGGAAAUGGAAAUUUGAAAAAAAAAAAAACGAAUACUAUUUUUGUAUAAUAUAAAUAUUUUAGAAUAGUAGCACUGGACUUGCCGUAAUGUAUUAUCGGGUAAAUAAAUAUAAGAGGAAAAAAUAAAAACAAGAAAAAUUUGUAUUAAGAA